UGAUAAGGGCAGUCCUAAAACCAAUGUGUUUGCGGGCAGGCUUUGCGUGGGUGCUGACCAGAAAGGCGCCGGUAUUUUAAAAAAUUCGUCGCCUUUUCCGAGUUUUGAAGACACCCUAUUGCUGCUUCACGAAGUCUCCGGAUGAUCGAUGCCCACGACUGCCGCCAGUCCAGUUCAAAGUAUGACCUCUUCCGAACCGCAAACAGAUUCGACGGCGCCAGCUGCAGAUCAGCAGUCGAUUGACGACAUCGUCUACCAGCUUCGCCCCGGCUUCUACGGGCUCAACGUGAGCUCGCUGCCGUACUGGCUGCUCGGCUGCAGCGCUGUCGUCGCUGCGCUCACGCUGGUGGCGCUUCUGUGCGUGUGCUUCAAGCGCCGUGUGCUUCCCCGAACUCCGCAGGCUCCGACCGGCCGCACCACCAUAGCGCUUGCGUGUCCCAGCUCGCUGGGACUGCACAAUCCGACCGACAUCGUGGUGUGCCCGUCGUGCAGCGGCAGCAUGCACGAAGCGGCCUUUCACCUGGACCCCACGGCCGUCACGCUGUGGAACCUGCCGCUCUCCAGGAGCCUCAACCCUUCGCCGCACCUCGGCGCCGCCCCCGCGCCACCGCGCGUGGCGCAUGCCGCAGCCGGCGAUGACGUAGCGCGGGCCGAUGGUCGCGCCCUCUACGUACACGGUCCGCAUAGCGAGAAGCCAACAAUGCGUGACAGUAAAAUGACAUAGACGAAGGGCUUAAUAUGAAGAGAGAAAGGGGGAGCUCGCUCUACAUUCGCAAUACAUACAUACAUACAUACAUACAUACAUACAUACAUACAUACAUACAUACAUACAUACAUACAUACAUACAUACAUACAUACAUACAUACAUACAUA